CCCAAACCUCCUCGUCUUGAGCACUGCAGCUCUAUCAGCAGCAACAUCUCUCUCAGUGAGGGAUGAUUCUUAUUAAUCAGGGGCACUGAAUGGAAACCAAUCAGAUAGAGAGUCCCUUUGGCUUCAGCUCCCUGGCUGCCUGAGUUAAAAGUGAUGCUGGGAGAGAGGCAGCCCUAACAAGCACACACAGCACUGGAGAUACAGUACGAGGCAGAAGGGAAGAAGCAGGUAGAGAAGCAGCACUGGACGGACAGAGACAGGCUCACGCUGGCAGACACGAUCCAUGUUCAGAGUGCUUCAGGUUUUCACCAUGUUCACACUUGUUUGCAGAAGUGACCAUUCCAAAAGUGUCCUCCUCUCCAGACAGCAGCUCACUUAGCUCAUUUGGGGGAUCUCAACUGGCUGCUGCUCUGUUGCACCCAGCAAGGUUGGGCUGGCAGGUCCUAUUUACACGAGGAAUAUAAUUUUUGAAAAUUUUGUUCUGCUGAAUUAUUAGAGAAGUGGAGUCUAGCAGCAUCUCUGUAAAUGAUGAGGACUUACUCCUUGACAGUUUUGCUUUGGAGCUGUAUGCUUCAUGCUGUUCAUAUGAUGCCAUCACAAAAAAGGACUAACAAGCACUCACCAAGUGAAAGGAUAACAGGAUUGUCAGAGAAUGAUGGAGAAACACUGCACCGCACCAAGCGUGGUUGGAUGUGGAAUCAAUUCUUCUUGCUGGAGGAAUACACAGGUCCAGAUACUCAAUAUGUGGGCAAGCUACACACUGACCAAGAUAAAGGAGAUGGAAAUUUAAAAUACAUAUUAACAGGAGAUGGGGCUGGCAGUCUGUUCAUUAUAGAUGAAAAUACAGGAGAUAUUCAUGCUGCAAAGAAAUUGGACAGAGAAGAAAAGUCCCUGUAUGUGCUACGUGCCAAGGCUAUAGACAGAAAGACUGGAAGACAAGUGGAGCCAGAGUCUGAAUUUAUCAUUAAAAUCCAUGAUAUUAAUGACAAUGAACCAAAAUUCACCAAGGACAUGUACACCGCCAGCAUUCCGGAGAUGUCUGGAGUUGGUACAUCUGUUAUUCAAGUGACAGCCACAGAUGCAGACGAUGCCAACUAUGGAAACAGUGCCAAAGUGGUGUACAGUAUCCUCCAGGGACAGCCAUAUUUUUCAGUGGAUCCAGAAACAGGCAUAAUCAAGACUGCUCUACCGGAUAUGAGCAGAGAAAACAGGGAACAGUAUCAAGUGGUCAUCCAGGCCAAAGACAUGGGAGGCCAGAUGGGAGGACUAUCAGGGACCACCACUGUGAACAUCACACUGACUGAUGUCAAUGACAACCCACCUCGAUUCCCUCAGAGCACCUACCAGUUCAACUCUCCUGAGUCUGCACCACCUGGGACUCCUCUUGGCAGAAUUAAAGCCAAUGACCCUGAUCUGGGUGAAAAUGCAGAGACUGAGUAUAGCAUCUCCAAUGGGGAGGGAUCAGACAUGUUUGAUAUCAUCACUGACAAGGACACUCAGGAAGGGAUUAUAACUGUCAAAAAGCAGCUGGAUUUUGAAAACAAAAUGUUAUAUACCUUAAGAGUGGAAGCAACCAACACUCAUCUGGAUCCUCAUUUUCUUCAGCUGGGGCCAUUCAAAGAUACAGCUCUAGUCAAAAUUUCUGUGGAAGACAUAGAUGAACCACCAGUAUUCAGCAGACCCUCGUAUUUAAUAGAAGUGGAUGAAGAUGCAAAGGAAGGAAGCAUUAUUGGGCAGGUUGUAGCCCAAGAUCCAGAUAUAACAAAGAAUACAAUAAAAUAUUCUGUGGAUCGACAUACUGACCUCGAUAGAAUAUUCAACAUCUAUUCAGGAAAUGGAUCCUUAUUCAUCUCAAAGCCACUUGACCGUGAAGAAACUCCCUGGCACAACAUCACUGUCAUAGCAACCGAAAUCAAUAAUCCUAAACAAAGUAGCCAGAUACCUGUCUUCAUCCGGAUUUUAGACAUAAAUGAUCAUGCACCAGAAUUUGCCAAAUACUAUGAAACAUUCGUCUGUGAAAAUGCAAAAGCAGGACAGCUGAUACAGACUGUAAGUGCAGUUGACAAAGACGAGCCUCCUCGAGGACACAAAUUUUUUUUCGAGUUGGUGCCAGAAUUCGCUGUUCAUCCAAACUUCUCCAUUGUAGACAACAAAGAUAACACAGCAGGAAUUAUGACUAGAAGAAAUGGAUAUAGCCGUAGUAAGACAAGUACCUAUCUCUUGCCAGUCAUAAUAUUUGACAAUGACUACCCAAUCCAGAGCAGCACUAGCACGCUGACCAUACGUGUAUGUGCCUGUGACAGUCGAGGAAACAUGCAGUCCUGUAAUGCAGAGGCCCUGCUCCUCCCUGCUGGCCUCAGCACAGGGGCACUGGUUGCCAUUCUCCUCUGCAUCAUCAUCCUGCUGGUGUUAGUUGUCUUGUUUGCAGCCCUCAAGAGACAGAGGAAGAAAGAACCUUUGAUCAUCUCAAAGGAUGAUGUUCGGGACAACAUUGUGACCUACAAUGAUGAAGGGGGUGGGGAAGAAGACACCCAAGCUUUUGACAUUGGCACACUCAGAAAUCCAGAAGCAAGGGAGGAAAGUAAGAUGAGAAGAGAUGUCAUCCCAGAAACUAUAUUUCAGAUAAGACGGACUACGCCUCUUUGGGAAAACAUUGAUGUGCAAGAUUUUAUUCAUCGAAGGUUAAAGGAAAAUGAUUCAGAUCCAGCUGCUCCUCCUUAUGAUUCACUAGCAACAUACGCUUAUGAAGGAAAUGAUUCUAUAGCAAAUUCACUCAGCAGCCUGGAAUCACUUACCACAGAUGGCAACCAAGACUAUGAUUACCUCAGUGACUGGGGACCUCGGUUUAAAAAACUAGCAGACAUGUAUGGUGGAGAGGACAGUGACUGAGACUGAGAAAGUAAUCUGUGACCUAAGUGUUAGUGAAAUUCAUGUCUAUGUUACUAGAUAAAGUGGCCUACUCUCUCUUACUUGGGAUUUUUUUUUUUUUUUUUUUACAAAAAAUAGGUGUUGUCUUAGUAAGGGUUUGCUUAAUUAGUAAGUCAACAUACAUGAAUAUGAGUGAUUUAGAUUUUUUAAAAAAUCUAUAAUUCACCCUUUCUGCCUAGAAACCUCUGAGGAAAGGUUUUCAUUUACAAUGAAAACACAAUAAAAGGCUUUUUGUGCCUUUAAUAAUAAGAUCGAUUUUUUUUUUUUAAUUAUUAUUUUAAGUGCUUUGCUUUACAUUUCUGACUAUCUGGGACAUUGUGCACUCACAUUGUAAUAUAAUCUCAAAAUUAUACUUCAGAAAAGAUUAAUAUUACUGCCAUAUUUAUUGAGUUAAAGAAUGUCUGUGUGUUGACUCAUCAUGAUAUUUUUAUAUAUGUAUAUUUAUAUUUUUGUAUUUUUAUUAAAUAAAUUAGUAUUUAUAAAAAUACUAUUUACUUAUGUACUUUGUUAAUCACAAGUUGUCCAAUCUUUCUGAACAAUAGGAAAUUUUUGUGUAAUAUUUGAUUUUUGGAUGAAUCUUCUUAUAAUGGAUUAGUGCUUGAAAUGUACCAUGAAAGAACAAUAUGGAGAGAGUGCUCUGUAAUGGGAAUGCAGUGUAGAAAAAAAAAAAAAGAAAAAAAAAGAAAAAAAAAGAAAAAAAAAAGAGAAAUGAUUUUGAAAAUGUGAUUAUAAAUAAAUGCCAUCUGACUUGUAAUGUGUAUUACUAUAUGGCAUAAGAAUAUGGUGUUGUUGUUAAACUGCUCCACACCUACCUUGUUUGAAUGGGUGAUCCAUGACUGGAUUUAGCUGAUAUAGACUUGAGGAUUUAAGGAACCAUGAAGGUUUAUUCUGGUAGAAAUGAAAACCAUUUUAAAAGAAAUCUUUUAAAAUUUUUGAAUAAUUAACCAAACAUCAAUACUCAGAGGAAGUCUAUUGUAUUCCAAAAUUAUUUGGGGGUUUUGAGGCAAUUAGGCAAAUCAGACUUCUGCCAUUAAUAGCUUCUUUCUAAAUCAAAGCAAGCCAUGCAAUAAAAACAAAAUCUAAUAUUUUAUUAAAUUUAAUAGUGUUCUUUUCCUUUAAUGAAGUAUUUGCAUUUGCAUAUAUUUUAAAAUGUUAAUUACAGUAAUCUAGUAGGCAUUUAUGUUUCAAAUCUAUUUCCUGUCUCAGCUUUCAUGUUAUGAACAUUUUUCUUUAGGAGGAUAGGAGGAAUUUUCUUUACAUUUUUCUUUAGGAGGAUAGGAGGAAUUUAUCUGGAUCACCUGUGAUCAAACUGAGAGUUGUGAAGUUUAUGUUAAAAAAAUAUGAAAAAUAAUCAAAGAAAUUAAGAAUACAGGAUGCAUAAUGUGCAUAGCACAUUAUGGUGGCUAAGAUCAUAGGGACAAGGGGAUCCAAGCUAGCACUUGGAUGGCUCAUUGUGAGCUGCAUGUCAAGUCUGCAGUGCUAAGUUGAAUGCACAUAAUGUUAAUGACAAAAAAAAAAAAAGUCAAAAUAACCUUAAGCUGUGUGG